AUGGCUCAAGGUUGCCUAACCCGCCACGACUUCAAUGUCCUGGAAAAGAUCAAAGAUCCCGAAUCAAACCCUUUAGCAGCGGUCAUUGUAGAUUCGACGUUGCCCAAAGAUCCGAACGUCACGGAUGCAGCCGUAUACAAGCGCGUCGCUCAGAAAGAACGGGAGACUGUGAUGGCCAUGCAGCAGCUGGAAAUGCAACUCGCCGGGUUGAAGCCCGCCACAGGGGCUGAUCCCAUUCAAGAAUAUCGCCAAUGUGUUCUAGAACUCGGGCAACUGGUUUCAGAAUACCCGCGAUAUGCCAGUGUCCGAAAUAACAGGGCGCAGGCAUUGCGAAGGCUGUACGGAGACACGAUGAUGCUCUCGGGGCACCGUGACUCAAGGGCGUUGAUACAAGCAGCCGACGAUGCCGAGAAAUCGAAGGCGGCUGUGACAACUCUGUCCGAUCUCGACGAGGCUAUCAUGCUUCUGACGCCUAGAGCUCUCUUCGCCUCAAUAUCGCCCCAGGCGGGCAAGACGCUGUCGCUCGCGCACACCCAGAGAGCGACAGUAUAUCAUAUGACCGCCAAAUCGAUUCAGUUCGACAGUACUGCUGGGGUUGCUGGAAGAAAGGAGGCAACGUGGACCAAGAUCGACUUUGAAGAGGCAGCAUCAAGAGACUUCGCGUUGGGAGGCAGAUAUGGUAACGAGAUAGCCAGGGGAUUGGCCGUGAGCACGAACCCAACUGCGAAGCUCUGCGGGCAGAUGGUUCAUGAAGCCAUGAAGAAAGAAUAUGGGCCAGCAUUUGCGGCUUGA